AUGGAUCUGAUGACGGACGCGCAGGCCCAGACAGAGGGCAUUGGCACCCUUUCGCAGGUGGUCGCCGCCGCCCAGGCCACGCCACUGCCGUCCAGUGGUGAGUACUGGUUGCUGGGGGUCUGCCUGGCGGUGGCUGGCACAUUAGUGGGCACCAUUGGCAAGCAGAUGAUCCGACGUGCGGAGAUGUACAAGCAGGACAAGCAAGAUCGCGAGAGCGCCAUCCUGUUCUACGUGGGCCUGAUGCUGCAGGUGGCCUUGAAUCCGCUGUGCGACAUGGCCGGCUAUGCCCUGGCACCGGCCACGGUGAUUGCCCCUGUCACCGGCAUGGACAUUGUCUGGAACACGGUGAUAGCUCCGUGCUCUUUGGGCGAGAAGCUGACCUCGCGGAGGCUGCUCAGUACUUGCAUCAUCUUCUUCGCCGCCACAGCAUCGGUGCUGUUUCGGCCGAUAAAGCAGGUCGAGUGGACGACCGAGUACGUGGAGACAGUGCUGUUGCAGAACCGUACCCUGCUCUACGGCCUCUGCUUUCUGGCCUGGUAUCUCUGGAACGUUACUAUCCAGACCCGCUACGAACGAGGGUCUCCCAUCCGGGGCUUCUCACUCGGAGCCACGGCUGGUUCCCUCGCCGGCAACAUGUGGUGCACGAAGAUCACGGCAACGUUGGCAGGACAGUGCGUAAAUGGAAAUUGUGACGCCUGGGACGACUGGGUCUCCUGGGCUUGUCUCAGCGGGGCCAUUUUCUUCUCUACCAGCAAUCUUUACUACAUUUCCCGAGGGAUGCAGCAGCACGAGGCCCUCUUCAUGGUCACGGUGUACAUGGGCUCCAACAUCGCCACGAACAGCUUGAGCGCAAUCGUGGUGCUGUCCGAGAUGGACAAUGCUCCGUGGUGGAAGUUUGCCGGGUACAUCGCGUGCAUCCUCUUCAUGAUGGUGGGCAUGGUCUUGCUCACGUCUGGAGAGAAGGAUUCCGAAGCUCGUGAGUUGGAGUGCUCCCCCUGUGUGGAGCUUGCUGAGGCACAACAUCUUGCAAUUGUUCUCAGCAUCUUGAGAGAAGCAAAGCCCAAGAAGUCGCAGCUCUCCAUGGCGUUACACCUUGUCAGCACCUGUGGGCAAGGGCGCUGGCGAGAAGGCCUCGAUGCAGGGCCACAGCACGAGCGUGCAAUUGAGACCUACGCCAAGGUGUUUGCAGCUAUGGCCUAUUUUCAUCCAUUUUCUAUGUCUCACCUGUCGGGCAAAGCCCCUCACGGGAACGCGUGCAUCACAGGCACCACAGUCACCAUCGAAGCGCGGAGGAAGCUCCAGCGGACUCCAGCCUAUUCCAACGCUAUCUUCUGCCUGUCUCAGCAGAUCUCGUUAUCUAGCUCCCGCUGCCAGAAGUGGCUGGUACUGGCGGUGGAGAGAUCUGUUGCGGAAGGUGCGAGUGUCAACGCUGUGGAUGUCCACGGCUGGAGUGCCCUGCACUACUCGGCACAAUCCGGACAGUUAGAGGUCUGCAAGUUUCUCUUGCAACAGGGCAGUGACAUCAACGGCACUCUGAACGACUUCUCCACGCCAUUAAUGUUGGCAGUGGAGGAGGGCCACCUCAACGUGGCGCAGCUCCUUCUGAGCAACGGGGCGGUCCCGUGGUGCAAGGACGAGACGGGCUUCACCGCGAAGGACCGGUGCGACAAAAGCAUCCAGGCGGAGCUGCUACAGCUGCUCGCAACACCUCAGGGCUACCGCAAGGUCGACGCCGACGCAGUCCGAGUGUGA